UACCUGUCAAAAUUUUCACUUUUAUUUCAGAGAUCUAUAAGACACUGUAUUUCAUUUAAGAAAAAUGCCGAAGAAAGCACCGAGAAACGCUUUUUACUUUUAUAUGCUUAAUUUUAAAAAAGAACAACAAGAAAAAGGAAUAAAUUAUGCAAACAUGGCUGAAAUCGCAGAAGCUGCAGGUCCCUCCUGGAGGGAGUUGCCACCUAGUGUCCGUUCAAAGUAUGAAGCUAUGGCCAAACAAGCAAAACAGAAGAAUGGUGUUCCCAUUACAAAGUAUACAUCCACAGGUAUACCACUCUCUCAGAUUGAACUCCAGGAGAGAGAAAUGCGUGAAGCACAAGAGAAUGAACUAGAAGAUAUUAAAAAUAUUGUGACUUAUAGUCACAUGAAUGGAACUUUGCUUAGUGAUGUAUUUUACAUAAUGGAUAUAAACUAUUACUGCAAAGUAAGCGACAGUCAUUAUCUAAUUGGGGAAUGUUCAAUGCUGAGAUUCAGUUUAGCCGGAGGUAUAGAGGAGACGUAUCAUAAAAUUAUUAACCCAGGCUUCAUACCAACUGGUUAUGCGAAUGAUGUGAAACUGGGAUGUAUGGAAAAUGGAUUAGAAAUGCCGGAUGAAUGUAAACCGAGGAGUGACUAUUUGGAAAUUCAAGCACAUUUAUUAGAUUAUUUACAAAAAGGAAAUCAUAGUAAAGUUGUCCGUCCUAUAUUUACAAUGCCAGAGAAAGUGUUACCUAUUCGGGAUUUUUUCAGACAGCUUUGCAGCAGAAGUUCGGAGGAUGAUUCAGUAUAUCGUAUAUACAGGUUGGAUACUCUAUUCUACAAUUUGAUAAAUUCUAUAAAAACGAGAACGGACGAGGGUUUUCCAAAGGAAUCUCUGGCACUGGUACAACUCCAGAAGGAUCUAUUCAAAUACACACCAGGACUCGGUUGUGAGUACCAUUUGGGGAUGGAGAAGGAAGUGGAAUGCAGCUCGUACCGCAUCAAGUGCUGGUCUUUCACCAUAUUGGAUGCUUGCUGUGCUCUUGCCGGAGUAGACCUCGUCCCUGGCAAACAUGUACCACAUGGAUAUGAUAUUGAAGGUAUUUACGCUCUUCAAGAACAGAAGAGAGGUCGUGUGCCGCCGAGUGUUGCAGGUUUUGCGGAACCUUCUUCAUCAAAUACAUCUACAGUGAAUGAAUCACUACUUGAUUCCACUACGAGUAGUGUUAGUGAAGUAGGAGGAAGGAAAAAAGAAAAGAGAGUACAUGUGCCAUUGCGUAUGCCAAAGACUGAUUAUUCUCACAUGAUCCGUGCAGCGCCUGAGCUCACUGAGUCCAACUUCCCCAGUCUCAUCGCAGGACAUGGCAGAGGUCGUGGCAGUCUAUCAAGUAGUAUGAAUAGACUGAAACUUGAUAAAUAAAAGUACUGUAAUGUACUUUAAAGAAGAAUUUAUAGAAGGAAUUCAGAAUAUAUUCUGAUAAUUUUCUUUCUUUAUAAUUCUAACCUGAAAAACGACGCCUAAAGAAUAUACUAAAGUGUAUUGUUUAAAGUGUUUAUAAUUCAACGUAACAUAUGUUUGGACCUGGAAGUUAUUUGGACCAGUUUGUGAUUGUGCAGUGAUGUUCAGUGUUAACUAAUGUGCUUUUAUAUAAUUAAUAACUCGGAAGAUUAUAUAUGUAAGUACAU